AUGUCUACUGAUGAUUAUCGUCAUAUACAUCAUAUUAUUUCAACUAAACCAUUGCCAUUAUUAAAUCCAAAUGAAACAAAUCAUGCACUUCAUUAUACACAAACAAUAGAUGAUGAAAAUGAGACGCCAAUAAGUACAAAAUUACUUCAUCGUCGAGUUCAUUUAAAUGAUUUACCAGAUUAUCUUCUAAGUGGUGCAUCAAAACAACUUCUACUUCAUCGAACUCGAACAUCAUCAACACCGUCUGCCUCACAAUAUGAUGAUAAUUCAGGAUAUUUUACUACUAUACAGGAUGAAAAUUCUUAUUCAUAUACACCAUUAUCAUAUAAAAGACAUUAUGAUGAUGAUAUAGCAAUGUUAAAUAAACGACAUGUUAUUAAAGAACGUAUUAUUCCAGUUGAUCAUCAACGUGCAACAAUUAUUCAUGAUGAAAAACCGACGAUUUUGACAACACCAAUUCAAAUAACUACUCCAGCUAUAGUUCCUGUUGCUCCUGCUCCACCACCAACAUUACCUGUUGUUCUCUAUCAACAACAACAGCAACCUAUUCCACUGUCUGCAAUAAUUGCACAACCACAACCAAUCAUUCAUGCUCGUGCUAUUAUUCCUCCACAACCACAACAAAUCAUUCAUACUCAUCCUAUUAUUCCUCAACAAACACCGCGUGUAAUCGUUGAAGAACAUCAUCAUCAUCAUCACCAUGCAACUCCUCAGCCAUCUGAAUCUGUAUCAGUGCUACCACCACCACCACCUCCUAUUCCUGUUCCUGUUCCUGUACCUUUAACAACAACCGAAAUUACAGAAACAGUUCGUACUGUUCGUCGGCGACCACGUGCAAGAGCAACUGAAACAAUUAUAGAACAAAAAGAACCAAUUCAAACAAUAAAAACAGAAGAAAUAACUGUUGAAAAACGACAACCUCACGUAGAAUUUGAAGAAGUUCAAAUACAAAGUAAUCCAAUAUCGAAACCAAUACGUGAAGUUAUUGUUGAACAUCUUGAUACAAUUGUUGUACCACAACAACAAGAAAUCAUUGAAACAGAAAUUCCAUCAACUGUAGAAAUUAUUGAUACUAAACCAAUCUAUAAAAUCGAAAAUGAAAUAACUGACAUUCCUAUAGAAUCAAAACGUGUAAUAAAAGGAAAAAAAAUUGUUGGUUCAAAAAUUGAUUCAUGGAAUCGUGGAUAUAAACCUGGUGGUGGAGAUAUUAAAAUCUAUAAUAAAGGUUUAAAAUUUGAAGAUAAAGAAGAACCUAUUAUUGAUACAUAUGAUACAACUAUUACAAAACAUCAAGGUGUUGUUCAAGUUCAUACUGAAGUUGAUGAUACACCUGAAGAAACAACUAUUGAAGUUAUUACUAGACCAUUUGAAAUUGAACAAACUAGUCGAAUUGUUACUGUUACUCGAGAAAUGAAAAAAUUAUCAACUCCUCCACCGCCAACUCCGCCGCCACCGCCACCUGAACCAAUUACAAUUAUUGAAGAACCUGUACCACAAGUUCAAAUUAUAGAUGAAAUUAUUGAACCACCAUCACCUAAAGUAAUCAAAUUUCCUACUCUUUAUAAACAACGUAUUAAUCGUCCUCCAAAACCUCCUUCACCUCCACCACUGCCACCUCCACAAAUUAUUAUAGAACAAGUUGAAGAACCUAUUCCAGUACCACCAACUCCUUUACCAAUACCAGUUCAAUAUUAUUUAGCUCAAGAACAAUAUUUAACUGAACUUGGAUUCGAUCGAACUUCAACAAAAUCACCAGAAAUUUAUCCUAUAGAAACAGUUGAUGCAAGUACAUAUGAUCUUGAUUAUGAAAAACAAUAUGCAACUUUCAUACCAAAACAAAUCAAUGAAAAUAAUCAUAUAGAACAAACAUCUGAUUUUGAUCAAGAAAGUUUACCUUAUCAACAACUUCGUUCAAGUACAUAUGAUUUUGAUUAUGAAAAACAAUAUGCUGAAUAUAUUUCAAAACAAUUUGAGGAAUUUCAGCCAUUCGAACAAACAUUAGAUUAUGAAUCAACAAAAUUAUCUCUUAAACAACUUAGUCCAAGAAUUAAUGAUUUUGAUUUUGAAAAACAAUAUGCAGAAUAUUUGUCAACACAAUUUGAUGAACAUCAUCAACUAGAACAAACAUUAGAUCGUCAUGCAACGAAAUAUUCACUUAAACAACUUCAACCCGAUAUAUAUAGACUUGAUUUUGAAAAACAAUAUGCUGAAUAUUUAUCAACACAAUUUGAUGAAUAUCAUCAAACAGAGCAAACAUUAGAUCGUCAUUCAACAAAAUAUUCUCUCAAACAACUUCAACCUGAAACACAUAAAUUUGAUUUUGAAAAACAAUAUGCACUCUAUGAAACAAAUCAAUAUGAUGAAUAUCAUCAACCUGAACAAACAUUAAAUUAUGAUUCAACAAAUUUAUCAAUUAAACAACUUGAAUCUAAUGUUUAUAAUCUUGAUUUUGAUAAACAAUAUGCAGAAUAUGUAUCGAAUCAAUUAAAUGAAUUUACUGAAGCUGAACAACUAUUAGACCGUGAUCCAACUAAAUAUUCUCUUAAACAACUUCAAGCAGAUUUCUAUAAUGAUAAGUUUGAAGAACAAUAUGCUACAUAUGAAACAAAUCAAUUUAAUGAAUAUAAUCAACCUGAACAAACAUUAGAUUAUCAAUCAACAAAAUUAUCUUUUACACAACUUCGUUCAAAUACAUAUGAUCUUGAUUUUACUGGUCAAUAUGCAACAUAUUCAUCAAAACAAUUUGAAGAAUCUCAACCUACGGAACAAGCAUUACCUUAUGAUCCAACACAAUUAUCAUUACAUAAUGCAUCAGAAACAUCAAUGGAAUAUUUACUUUUUAAUCGAGCACUUCAUGCUGUUUGUGAAUAUGUUGAUGAUACAAUUGAAUAUUUUACAGUCAAUUCAUUUGAUCGAUGUAUUCGUCCAAAAAGUGUUCAAUUACCAAUCGAAAAAGUUACAAAAAAACAAUUUCGUGCUAUAUCUCAUGAACCACCAUCAAUUUUAUGGCGUAAUCUAACAAUAGAUAUUCCUAUAAGACGUCGAAAAAUCUUGAGAAAAAAAAUUGCUUGGAAAAAAAUUCAUUAUGCUGUUGCACGCAUUGAUUGUUGGAAUAGAAAUUAUCGUCGACGACCAAUAAAACGACAAUAUUUAAAAACUUUUAAAACUUUCUAUCAUCCAAAACCAUAUGAUACAUGGAAUGAGGAUUUAUCAACAACAAUAACAUCUCAAACUAUUCCAAGUCGUACACCACGUGUUGUAGCUAAACCUAAAAUUGAUACAUGGUUAAGAAAACCUCAUACUCAUCCGAAAUCUAAAAUAAAAAUACAUCAUAAACCAAUAGAAAUUCAUGGUAAAACACGUAUUGAUACUUGGUUAAAAUUAACACGUCGAUCAAGAAGUACAAGUGCUCGAAUUAUUCAUCGACCAAUACAAGUUAUUGGUAAAAGUAAAGUUGAUACUUGGUUACAACCACCUAUUCGUAAAGCUCAUAGUGCUUAUGAAAUUACUCAUAAACCAUUACAUAUUAUUGGACAUAGUCGAAUUGAUACAUGGAGAAAACAUUCAAUACAUCCAACAUCUCAUUUUCAACGAAUUAUUCAUAAACCAAUACAAGUACAAGGAAAAAGUCAAGUUGAUACUUGGCUUCGUCAAGAUCCUAUUCAUCAAACUCAAAUUAAACGAAUAAUUCAUAAACCUCUUGUUAUUCAUGCACGAAGUCGUAUUGAUACAUGGAGAAAACAACAAUUUGAAGAUAGAUCACAAUUACAAAAAGUUCUUCACCGACCAAUACAAAUUGAAGGUAAAAGUCGAGUUGAUACAUGGCAAAAACAUCAACCGAAUAUUCGAUCGGAUAUUCCUAAAAUUUUUCAUAAACCUAUACAAAUUAUUGCAAAAAGUAAAGUUGAUACCUGGCUUCGAAGUUCAUCUCAUCCAAUAAGACGACAAUAUAUACCUGAAACUCAUAAACCGAUAAAUAUCAUUGCUCGAAGUCGAAUUGAUACUUGGCAAAAACAACCAUUACAAAGAAAGUCGAAUUUUGAAAAAAUUUUUCAUCAUCCAAUUCAAAUUCAAGGGAAAAGUCGAAUUGAUACUUGGCAAACAACUGCAUUACGACGACGAGCUCAUAGUGCUACUGAAAUUCAUAAACCCGUUCAUAUCAUCGGUCAAAGCCGAAUAGAUACUUGGCAAACAUCAGCAAGAAAACUUCCAACAACUAAAAGUCGUUUGAUUCAUCGUCCAAUUCAAGUAGAAGCUAAAAGUCGAAUUGAUACAUGGCGAACAACAACAUCACGACGACGAACUCAUAGUGCUACUGAAAUUGAUAAACCUAUUUAUAUUAUCGGUCAAAGUCGAAUUGAUAAUUGGCAAACAGCCGAAAAAAUACCACAUUCUUCUAAACAUCAGUUAGUUCAUCGUCCAAUUCAAGUAGAAGCUAAAAGUCGAAUCGAUACAUGGCAACGAAACAUAUCACGGCGACGAGCUCAUAGUGCUACUGAAAUCCAUAAACCUCUCCAUGUUGUUGGACAAAGCCGUGUAGAUACUUGGCGUACAUCUGAUAGAAUUUCGCAUCCUAGUAAAAAUCUAUUUAUUCAUCGUCCGAUUCAAGUUGAAGCUAAAAGCCGAAUAGACACAUGGCAAACACCAUCUUUACACCGACGAACUCACAGUGCAACAGAAAUCCAUAGGCCUAUUCAUAUUAUUGGACAAAGUCGAGUUGAUACUUGGCAAACGUCUGAAAAAAUAGCAGGUUCUUCUAAACAUCAAUUAAUUCAUCGUCCAAUUCAAGUUGAAGCCAAAAGUCGAAUCGAUACAUGGCAAGUAAACAUAGCACGUCGACAUUUCCAUGAGCCUACUGAAAUUCAUAAACCAGUUCAUAUUAUUGGACAGAGUCGUGUGGAUACUUGGCGUACAUCUAAUAAAAUUUCGAACCCUAGUAAAAAUCUAUUUAUUCAUCGUCCGAUUCAAGUUCAAGCUAAAAGUCGAAUAGACACAUGGCAAACUCAGUCAUCACGUCGACGAGCUCAUAGUGCUACUGAAAUUCAUAAACCCAUUCAUGUUGUCGGUCAAAGUCGAAUUGAUACUUGGCAAACAACCGAAAAAAUACCACGUUCUUCUAAACAUCAGUUGGUGCAUCGUCCUAUUCAAGUAGAAGCUAAAAGUCGAAUAGAUACAUGGCAAGGAAACACAUCACGUCGACGAUCUCAUAGUGCCACUGAGAUUGAUAAACCUGUUCAUAUUAUUGGACAGAGUCGUGUAGAUACAUGGCGUACAUCUGAUACAGUUUUACACUCUAGUAAAAAUCUAUUUAUUCAUCGUCCGAUUCAAGUUCACGCUAAAAGUCGAAUUGAUAGCUGGCAAACAUCAACACACCCUCGUCGAUCUCGUAGUGUUACGGAGACUCAUAAGCCGAUUCAUAUUAUUGGACAGAGUCGAGUUGAUACUUGGCAAACUUCCAAAAGAGAACCGCAAACUACAAAGAUUGGUCUAUUACAUCGCCCGAUUCAAGUGCAAGCUAAAAGUAAAAUUGAUAGCUGGCAAACAUCAACAUAUCGUCGUCGAGCUCAUAGUGCUACUGAGAUUCAUAAACCUAUUCAUAUUAUUGGACAAAGUCGAAUAGAUAAUUGGCAAACAUUAGAAAAUCGGUCUCACUCCAUAAGAAAUCAUUUGAUUCACCAUCCUAUUCAAGUACAAGGCAAAAGUCAUUUAGAUACAUGGCAAAAUAAAUCCUUGUAUCAAAAACGACGUCGUAGUUUAUCACCUGUUAAUAAACCAUUUCAUAUUCUGGGUCGAAGUCGUCUUGAUAGUUGGAAUGCUUCUAAAUUAAUAUCUGAUAAUCACUCGAAGCUGUUUCAUCAACCACUUCAUAUUCAUGCUCAUUCAAUAAUUGAUAAUUGGCAAACAAGUAUAAAUAUAUCUCAACGAUCAAAAAGUGCUCCAAUUAUUCAUGAACAAUUUUAUAUUAAACCACAAUCACGAGUUGAUACAUGGUUAUCAACAAGUAAUAAAACUCGACAAAGUAUAGCCAAGAUUAUGCAUAAACCAUUAUAUAUCAAUAGUCGUCCUCAGAUUGAUACUUGGCAACAAACAACAAAACAGAUUAAUAGAAAUUCAAAAACAUUAAUUAAUUAUCCAAUUCAAGUUGAUGCACAUUCUCGUAUUGAUACAUGGCGUAAUGAAACAGAAAAACCUAUUUCAUCAAUUUCGAAACCUAUUCAUCAACCAAUACAUGUUCAAGCUCGAUCAAAAAUUGAUACAUGGUCAUCAACAAAUCGAUCGGAAACUAAUCAUGUUCAUCGAAUGAUUAAUAAUCCUAUUUAUAUAAAUGGACAAAGUAAAAUUGAUACUUGGUCAACUGUACGACAAGGCCGAAUUGUUAAAAAAAAAAAGCCAUUCAAUCAUCCCAUAAAUAUAGCUGCCCGAUCUCAAAUCGAUUCUUGGCAACAAAUAAAAGAAUCUAUACGUCAAUCGAGUGCUCCUAUUAAAAGACAUCAACCAUUACAUGUCUUCUCUCAUUCACAUCUUGAUACUUGGCAAUCAAUUCCAAGCAAAGAAUCUGUUUCAUCAGCAACAUUCAAACUUACUCAUAAACCAAUACAUGUUCAAGCACAUACAAAAGUUGAUACAUGGAAUAAUAAUAGAAUUCUACAACGAAAUAAAAUAUCUCAAAAAAGAAAACAAUUUAUUCAUGUUGAUACUCGAUCAAAAAUUGAUACAUGGCUUGAACCAUCAACAAUAAAUACUUCUCUACAUCAAUCAAAAUCAUUAUUAAAUAGAUCAAUUGAUCUAUCACAUAUAAAACCAACAAUAAAUACUUGGAAUGAUCAAUAUGAGAGAUCAAAAAAUACAAUUGAAAUUCUACAUCAACCAAUUCAUGUUGAAGCUCAUUCAAAAAUAGAUACAUUUCAAUCUCAAGAAUUAUUACCUGAAAAUCAACAUGAAAAAGAAAAUCUCUUUCAAGAAUCUCAUCGAAUUCAUAUUGAAGCUAAAUCAACAAUUCAUCCAUGGAAUAAUCAUCAAACAAUAAAACGAUAUCGAUCAUUAAGUCCAAUUGAGAAUUUAGGACAACAACAGCAAACUAUAUUUAUUGAUCCAAAAUCGACUAUUCAAACUUGGAGUUUAAAUAAACCAUUGAAAACGAAGGUGAAAGAUAUUGAUUUACAUCAACGAACAAAUAUUAUUGGAAAAUCAAAAAUAGAUAAUUGGAAUGAUAUUUCAAGAAAACCUAUUAAACGAAAUGAACAAAUAAAUACACGACCAAUACAUGUUGAUUCACAUUCACAUAUUGAUACAUGGUCAGAUGAUAUCAAACAACGAAAUGUAUCAACAACUAACAUUAAUGAAAAACCUUCAACGAUUCAUUUUGAUCAUGUUAAAUCAACGAUUGAUAAUUGGAAUGAACAUAUUAAUUCGUCAAGAUCACGUUCAUUGUUGACAGAACAACAGAACUUAUCUUUUAUUGAUCCAAAAUCAACAAUUGAUACUUGGCAAGAUAAUACUAAAUCAUAUCAACGUUCAACACGAAAAUUUCUCAAAACACCAGAACCAUCAAUAAUUCGUGAAGAAACAUCAUAUAGUUCUAGUCCAAUAAAUGAAAUAAAUAAUGAACAAAAACCAGAAAUUAAACAUCGAAUACAUUUUCAACCUGUUUCACACGUUGAUUGUUGGAAUUGGUCAUAUCGACCACGAAAACAACUUCAUCCAUUAAGAAGAACAUCUAUUCAAAAUGAUUCUUAUAUUUUAUCUAAUUAUCAAAUUCUUCCACCAAUUCAAUCAUCAACAUCUGAACGUUUGGUUGCUAGUGCUAAACCCCAAUGGAAUUCAGCAACAUCUAAAGCAAGUUCCGCUCAACCUACAACACACAAACCAGCAAGUGGUACUACUAAGGCUCAAAAUCAAAAACCACAAUGGAAUGCAAAAUCGAAAGUAGGCUCAUUGGAUAAUGCUCAUCAUAAACCAGGUGGUGGUAGUACAGCUAAAGGUGACAAUAAAAAACCUGAUUCUAAAGAAAAAUCUAAACCAAAACCUGACAGUAAUGUUCAUGAAAUAAUGACAACAGGUGGUGGCGGUGAUGGUAAUGAAGCUAGUGCAACAGUCAAUGAAGAACAUCCUCAAACAGUUGAUGAAACAUCAAAUGAAAUAAUGGAAUCACACAAGAAUGACGACGGUGACAAAUAA